CAUUUAUGAACUUGGGAAAUAGGAACUAUCUCUAUAACUCUACUUUUCUAGAAUGCAUGAAGAAUAGUUUGUGCUGGCUAAUAGAAUGAGGUCUCUGGCACAGACCUGGAUUUUCAACUUGCAAAGAAUUGAAAAUGAGUUAGGGAGACCUAAAUGAUUACACUGUGCUGAACCAAACAGAACCUCUUCACUUGAUAAUGCUGUGUUACCAAAUUACGUAGAGCCUCUGGGUCUUUGGUGUGUAUCAAAAAGCGAGAGCUUGAGAAGAGAAGAGACUGACUGAGCAUUUCUUGGACAACUAGGUAAACACUUUGCCUGAUUCAGAAACAAAAGCAAACAAAAGUUGGAGGAAGGAGAAUCAUGGAAAAAGACGUUUUAGAUCAGAUGGAGGAUCUGACGAUCCAGGCAAGUGACACAUAUCCAGAUACCACGGCAUCACUAGCAGCCCUGCCUGCAGAGGCAAAUCACACACCAUGGCCAGAUGCAGCUCCGGACCGUGUUCAUGCUGCUUGGCAGGGGGCUGGAUGUGCGGGGAGCACAGGGAAGAAAAAUAUCUGGAAAGGGAGGAAUCGGAAGGAAAAUAAGAAUGUUUAUCUUCCUUGGCCUCUGACGCUACAGACGCGGGCAUCUUCCGCAGCCCCAGUUCUGGGUCAGAAUUGUGUCCCGGGAGUUUUGCCAUUCGCUCAUACUGGAGUCAACGUGGGACAGAAUAAGGAGAAGUUGGGGAAUGGUGAGCAAGAGAAGACAGCAAUUCUCACUCUGCCUUGGAAGGAGCCAGCUGAUGCCCUGUUGCCAGCAGCAAGUCUAAUUCGGGGCCCUCUUGGGGCCUCUCUGGCAGCCAGCGGGGUGAUAAAGGAAGGAGAGAAAAGCAGCCCUGCUGGGAGAAACAUAAAUGACAAAAAGGUCAUGGUCAGCCCUUGGCCUCUGACAGUGCAGGUUUGGGUAACUUACACAAACCCAGCUCAGGCCCUGACCACCUUAGUGGAGUCUGCACCUUCUGCCAACAGUGGAGUCAAUAUUGAGCAUAAAAGCAAGAAGCCCGAGGGUGAGGAGGAUCAACCUUCAGCUACUCCCUCCCAGCAGAGUGCACAGGCUGGUGUUCCCUACUCAGCUGCAACUCUGGGGCAGGAUUUAUUGGCUAACAGCGGGGAAAACAUAGGGAUUCCAAAAAGGAGACACGAUAGAGUGACUAGAAAGGACUUAAGUCCCUUGACUAGUCCUUGGCCUCUGACAGUACAAGCUUGGGCAUCAUUGACAUCCUCAGACCUGGUCCAGACUCAUGUGGGGGGCAAGUCCUCUGCUACAACUAUGGGGGUGAAUGUGGGGCAGAAAUACUGGCCUCAACUUGAGAAUAGUGAGGAAGAAAGAGGGUCCAGUAUUUCUGGCACCCCCUUCUCAGGAACAGCUAUCUGGAAGGCUUCACUGGAGGGGACUCUUCCUCAGGAAACCUGGAGAAGGAGGCCCCAGUGGGGAGAUGAAGAACGAAGACAGAGCAGUGCCCAGCAAGGCCUGGAACCCGUUUGGGGUCAGAGACCUGCAGAGAGAUACCCCAGGGGUCAAGACAUCAGGGAAUGUAGAGCUAAGAAUUUCACCAGACAGAAUUUCGCCAACUCCUGUCAUCGUGGGGAAUUGUGCUCACAAGAAAGGAUGGAGGCUUUGAUCUUGACCAAAGCCCACACCCACAUCAGUACUUCAGCGGUGGGGAUGCAAAGUCCCGACAGGGAAAGGGCUGACAGGGAAAGGGCCGAAUCUCAGGCAGUCUACAAGGGGAAGUGGGGAGGUUCUUAAGAUGCUGCAGAGCAAAGAAAGGGAACUAGGGGACACUCU